AUGCCAGACUGCCCUGAAAAGAUCCACGAUCAGGAACCACUUCCCUGGGCAGAUUUACAGUCCCUAGAUGCCGCUUCCUUGGAGCUUGAUUUUCCAGAUGGAGGAUGCAAAGCCUGGCUCACAGUGGCCGGUGGCAUGCUGGCGCAGAUAUCAAGCAUUGGAUUUUUGAGCGCCUUCUCCGUGUUUCAGAGCUAUUAUAGCCAGGUCACACUUCCCAACUCGAGCGCCAGUGAUAUCUCCUGGAUUGGCAGCCUGCAGAUUUUUGGUUGCUUCUUCCUGGGAUUAUGGGCCGGCAGGCUGUCCGACAAGCGAGGGCCCAAGGUGCCUCUCGGCUUGGGCACGUUUUUCAUGGUCUUUGGAACGAUGAUGGCGUCGAUUUCAUCCUCGUAUUAUCAAUUAGUCCUUUCUCAAGGGGUCUGCUGCGCCAUCGGUUUUGGGCUGGUGUUCACCCCAGCCCUGGCGGUUCAAUCUCAAUGGUUCCUAAGAAAACGCGGAUUCGUCGUCGGUCUGGUCAUGUCCGGCCAAAAUAUCGGUGGCGUCAUCUGGCCAAUCGUCGUGGACAGGCUCAUCAACACUUGCAGAGUUUCACUGGGUUGGACCCUGCGAGCCAUUGGCUUCAUGCAACUUUUCCUUAUGGUGGCCGCCACAUUGAUGGUUCACCCACGAUUUCCUAAGCUUCCUCGAGAGCCCAUUCCAGUGAAACAAUUCCUGACCGAUAAACGAACCCUCCUUUUUACGUGCUCCACGUUGGUAUUCUUCUUUGGGAUCUACAUUCCUUAUUUUUACAUCACUCCCUACGCUAUGCAAUGGGGUGCGUCUCUCAACUUAGCGUUCUACAUGCCUUCGAUCUUGAACGCUGGCGCUUUUUUUGGUUGCUACAUUCUCGGCGUUGCAUCCGACCACGGGCUGGGCCCCUUUAAUGCACUUACAGCGGUAGCCAUCAGCUGCGCUUUCACGGCCUUUAGCUGGAUUGCAGCGAAGCAUAAUGCAGGUAUUAUUGGAUGGAGUAUCAUUUACGGAUUCCUCUCGGGCGCCCUCCAAGCGCUUUUUUCGCCAUGCGUCUCCCACUUGGCACCAAAGCCAGGAUUGAUCGGUACAUGGAACGGACUCUGUAUCAGCAUAGUUUCAUUUGCUGUUCUCGGCAUGGGACCAAUCGCUGGAAAGCUGUUGGACAAUACGGGUGACACCAACUAUCUCCCCAUGCAACUGUUUACUGGAGUAUUCUUGGUUUCGGCUAGCUGUCUGUAUCUUAUUACCCGCCUUCUCGUUUCUCGGAAGGCUGUCGCUUGA